AAACUUAAUUUACAUAAAAGUAUUUCCUAUUAAUAAUUAUUUUGAUUAUUAUGAUCAAAUACCUUUUAAUAUUGUCAAAAACCAUUUUACUUACCUUGGUAUCAAAAUUACAAAAAAUUUUAAAGACCUACGUAGGUACAAUUUCUUCCCUUUAGUUGAGUAUACUCAACAGGCGCUUUCCAAAUGGUCACCUAUGUCGAUGUCAUUGAUAGGUCGAAUAAAUGCUAUAAAAAUGGUUUUUCUACCAAAAUUUUUACAUAUAUUUCAAGCAGUUCCCUCUUUUGUUCCAAAAACAUUUUUUGAUAAAAUAGACUCUCUGAUUUUGUCUUAUGUUUGGAAUAAUAAAAGCUCUAGAGCGAAUAAACUUUUCUUGCAAAAAUCAAAAAAAGAUGGAGGACUGGCUUUACCAAACUUUAGAUUUUAUUAUUGGGCAAUUAAUAUUCACUAUAUUACUUUUUGGAUUUAUGAUAUAGACAAUCAAGAUUGCCCUUCAUGGUUACAGCUGGAGGAAAACUCAGGACUGGGGUUUUCAUUAGCUUCUUUAUUAGGAGCUCCUCUUCCCUUUUCAUUCUCCAGAAUAGAACACAUUAGAAUGAACACAUGACAUUUAGAAGGGAAGCCAACACUGGAAUUUGGGAGAAGGUUCAUCUCAGCUCUUCAGAAAUGACUGACUCAGCCCCUAGCUAUUAAAAAACUUUUUAAGAUCUCCUUGGUGUACAGUGCACUGGAAGCUGAAAAUAGUGAAUCAUUAAAUAUGAAGAGAUAAGAAUAUCUAACUGACUUACUUGGGACUAUUACUUUAUUCUGCAACCGUCUACAAGGACAAUUACUAUUUUAUUACCCUUGGAUCAACUAUUGCAAGAGAUGGGUGUCCUGGCUUUAUUGAUUCUCCCUGUACUGGCAGUUGGGAUUGCUGGCAUUGUUUAUAUUUACAAACAAAUAAUGCGCCUGAUGUCCAAAUCAGCUGUGAGGAACAAAGUGGUUGUGAUAACUGAUGCUGUAUCUGGACUUGGGAAAGAAUGUUCCAGAGUUUUCCACAGUGGGGGAGGCCGUGUUGUCCUUUGUGGCAAUGAUUGGGAUAAGUUAGAAGCCCUGCAAGAGGCUCUACUUGCUGUUGCAGACCCUAGCCAGACAUUCAGUCCGAAGAUAGUACUUCUGGAUCUCAGUGAAACAGAGAGCAUCCCGGAGAAAGCCAAGGAAAUCCUUGAAUCCUUUGGAUGUGUGGAUGUGCUCAUUAACAACAGCAGCCUGAAAGUUAAAGGAGCUGCCCUCAAUGUCCCUUUUGAAAUGGACAAGAAGAUAAUGGAUGCUAAUUAUUUUGGACCUAUUUCUCUAACUAAAGAGCUUCUUCCAUCGAUGAUUGCAAGACAUAAUGGUCAAAUUGUGCUGAUCAACAGUAUCCAAGGAAAAUUAGGACUUCCAUUCCGUGCAGCUUAUGCUGCAUCUAAGCAUGCACUACAAGCCUUUUUUGAUUGCCUACGGGCUGAAGUUUCAGAGUAUGGCAUUACUGUGAGCACCGUGAGCCCAACGUUCAUUCGUUCUUAUCACCAAAUGCCAGAAACAGGGAACUGGGAGGCAUCCAUUUGGAAAUUUUUCUUCAGGAAGUUGGCUUAUGGUGUUCAUCCAGUGGAAGUAGCUGAGGAAGUAUUGUACACAGUGAACAGAGGCAGCAAAGAGGUGUUGAUUGGAAAUCCUACACCGAAGGCAUUUGUCUACUUAAGAACAUUCUUCCCUGAGAUUUUUUUUGCAAUUGUUGCUUCUGGAAUCUCAAGCCAACCCAUAAGUGAAGAAGAUCAGUAACUUCCUUUGAUUAAGCCUUGUUCAUGAAUUUACUGCUCCAUCUCUCCUGUCUCUCUUACGUAUGUCUAAACUUUACAUUGCUUCUGACUUAUUUACCUCAAAGUUUGCCUUUUAAAAAUUGCUUCUUACCUAACCAUCACUUCACUUCCCUAUUUUUGUUUUCCUUUUGCUAUCUAUUCUGGCAAGUUAUAUCAUUAGCUUAAUAUUGGAGGUUACUGGAUUAAAUUACAAGGGCAAAUUAGAUAAACUAUCUUGCGUUCCCUCGAGGUGAGAAGGCUGAGUGAUGAUUUUGCUAAGGUAUUCAAAAGAACACAUGGAUUUGAUAGGGGAAACACAAAUGAACAAUUUCUUUUGGUAAGUUAUCAGGAAGAAAGGACAUAAUCUUCUAAUUUGAACUAAGAUAAUCAGAAGCAAAAUCAGUAACUACUUUUCCCUAAAUUGUGUUAGGAAUCUGAAAUGACCUUCCCUUGAAGCACUAUGAUUGCUAAAACAUACUGAACUUUCAGGACAAGGCAGAUUUAUUUUAUAUAAGGAUAUCAAGGGAAAUAAGCAAAGGCUGGUAAAUGGAGUUGAGAUAACAAUCAGCAAUGUAGAUACGCAAUGCUGAAAAGUUUACUCCUGGUCAUGUGUGCUAUCUUUGUGUUUUUAUAAUCUUAUUUUUAUUCUAUUGUCGGUCAAAGUCAAGUAACCAAUUCUAUCAUCAUUCACUGUCAUAAGUUGGCUGAUAGACCAGCACUGAUAUAUCUUUCUUCGUCAGACAGAUAAUCUAGCCUUCCAGUUCCAAACAGCACUGCAAACCUGUUCUACCCUAUGUAGUAGUGUGCUCUUUUUUUCAAUCUAUCCAUCAACAAGAAGAUUACUUUUGGUUAAAAGACAGUGAAAUUGGAUGUGAAUUAAUGAUUUAUCACAAACUCAGGGAUCAGUUGAAAGCCUUACUUAUAUGAUUUUACAAAUCUCCUCUGGAAAUGCCUGAGAUCACCAUUGGUUACACAGAUGUCUUUCUACGAAAAAGAAGGAAACAUAGUUCAAGCACAAGAUCCAUCAAUCAUCAGCAAACUGAUAGAAGGUGCCAAUGAUGGUACUAUUAUGCAGAACUUGUUCAUCUGUUAGCUCACUCAAGGAUGUCCAAAUUUGGGACUGUCCUCACUACAGCCUUGAUGUAACCAUAGACAAAAAGAAACUGAAUACCAGAAGCUAAUGCUACAGAAAUGUGGUGUUGAAUAGAAGAAAAGAAAGAUGCAAAAACAUAGACCCAAAAGAUAAAUAGCACUAGAUCAAGAUAUAGAAAUAGAUGCUGGAAAUGGACAGAACUAGAUAAAGAUAGAGAGAGGCUUACAGUGCACUUAUAAAUCCAAGAACCAUAUUAAAUAAGGCUGGCGAGCUGCAGGACUAAUAAAUCACACAAGAUUAUGAUGUUGUGGAAAUAACAGAGACCUAUCUAAAAGGGCAGGUAUAAGAUUCAAUAUUUAUAGAUAUAAGGUAUUAAGGAAUGAUAGAGAAUGGAAGAAAAGGAGGAAGAAUGGCAGUAUUGAUUAAGGAGAAAUAAAAACAGAAUAUGCAAAGUGGGCACUGAAUAGACUGUGAAUAGAGAAGCAGAAUUAAUGUUACAUGUUGAUGACUCAAACAAGUUUUAAGUUGCAGAGAGGGAGAGAGGUGAUGAUGAGAACAAAGGGAAUGUUGGUGAUAGGGAGGAAUCCAAGGCUGUCCAUGUGACAAAGCAGGUUUCAGUACCACUUAAGAGAGGGGAAUGCUAGUGAAUCACAGCUAAUCUGUAAGGAAAGGAAUGAGGGUAAUUGGAGGGCAAAAGACACUAUGCUGAAAUAGUGACAUGCAGUAGUGCUAAAAGAAAAAGAGAACAUUAGUAAGGUUCAUCAGAUUUGGUUGCAUCUGCGUAGAUAGAGAAAUUGAGUUAAUGUUUUAUAUGGGAGAUCCGCUUAAUCCUGACACAGAUUGGAAAGGCUGGUUGUCUGCAAUUGAAACUUAGUCCCGAAGCCUAUAACAUGCCUAGAUGGAAUAUGAGUUACUGUUCCUCAAGUUUAUGUUGGACUUUGUUGGAACAGUAUGAAAGGUAAGUCAGAAGUCAGAUUGGGUGAGGUAGGGAGAAUUAAAGUAAUGUAGUCUAGAAUCUCAGUGUCAUCCUUGCAGAUUGAAUGGAUGUGCUCUGCAAAGCAGCUAUCCAAUAUGUUUUAUUUCUUCACUGUAGAGGAGAUCAGAUUAAUAGUACAAAUGAAAUUCAUCAUACUGAAAAAUGUCCAAAUGAAUUAGUGAGUGACACAAAGGCAUAACAAAUACAGCAGCCGACUCACAGAACCAGAGACCCUGAUUUAAUCCUACCUGUGUGGGAUUUGCACUUUCUGCAGUAACUAGGUGGGUUACUUUUAGAUGACUUGGUUCAUUCUAUAUUCCAAGACGUGCAUUUUGGAAAGAUAAUUGGCCACUGUAAAUAUCUCCUGGUGUGAGGGUGAGAUAAAGAAUUUUGGAGGGAGUUAAUGAAAAUGUGGGUAGAAAAGGAGGAUUAGUAUGAAUCAGUGGUUGAUGAUCAGCACAGACUCAAUGGGGUGAAGAGGCUGUUUCUGUGCUCUUCGUAUCUACAACUCCAUGAAGCAGUAUUUGGAUCCCUGGUUAGUAACAACAUUUUAAGUAUUGCAAAGGCAAUGUCAUGAGAAAAGGGCUGAUGAUAGAAGAGGGAAGUUGGGAGGUUCAGUGGGUAUGGUCUCUUCAUAAUGCUCAAAAGGGACAGAAGAGAAGAUGUGUCUGGUAGUGGAAUCUCACUGCAGAUGGCAAACAUUAUAGAAGAUGAUCUGUUGAAUAUGGGAAAAGAGGAGCAGAUAAAAGUAAGGCUAUAGAAAAGGAUUUAUACUACUUCAAGGCUAAAUAAUCAAUUGAAGAAUUAUUCAGAUGAGUUAUUAACUUCAAACUUUCUGCAUAAUCACUCAGAGUUGACCUGCAUGUGCAUGUAACAAGAGCUGUAUAACUCAUCUCCUUCUACCCUAGGCCGCAAACUUAACAAUCACCCGUCUGUGGACACUUUCUGGAGGUCCAGGUUCCGUAUGCUCCACGACCACUGGACUAAGUGUGUAAAUGUUGAGGGGACUAUGUUGAAAAAUAAAUGUGCUAGGUUUUCGAAAAUUGACUCC